ACCAAAAAAAGUAAUAUAUAAAAAUACACACACACUUUUAUAAAAAAUGGACUUGGAGGAAAACGAUGAGGAUAUUAUGCCGCCAAUUGGCACAAAUACUUUUGGCAUACCCAAUGAUCCUAAACUAUUGGCGGAAUAUGAACUCUAUAGACCAUCGAUGGGGACACGGCAAUUGCUUAGCGAACGUAAUCGUAGCGUCUAUACCGAAGCAUUUAUUGAGCAUGAACGCUUGGGCACCUUGGCCGAUCUAUGUGUACGAGCAUUGGCCAAAUUGGGUACCAUGCAGAUUGCAGAACCCGUGCGACAGGAUCCUUUGAAACUGCGCAUUCACUAUGACACCAUCGAUGUGAAUUUACCUCUGAAGGAAUGCUAUUUUGUGGAUGAUUUGCUUUAUUGGCGACGUGUCGUAUUGGCCAAGAGUACGGACAAAUCGCUGGCGUUGAAGAAACUCAAUGAAUAUGAUUGGAAGGGUGCUGGGAUUAGUAUUAAAUAUGUGGAAAUUGUUGAGGAAUGUCCUGCUGGAUUUUGGCCAGAAGAAGAAAUGGCCGGAUUGGCCGCAUUGGUGUCGGAGCAUGUGCAUUCCCUAGAUAUACGGCAUUUGCAAUCGCUGACUGAGGAAGCUUUUGCCAGAUACAUUGACAGCGAAACGGAAUUGGAUGUUACCUCCGAAGAGUCGGAGGAAAUUGAGGUAUCCAGCGAUGAGCCUGAUACAAAUGAUGAGGAAUCGGAGGAAUUCGAAGAAGAGGAUGAACAAAAUGAACAAAAACUACUUCAUGAUAAGAUGAUCAAAAUGACGUCGAUUGUUUCAUUUCAACCACCAACCGAUCAACACAACAAAGACGAUAAUAGGGAUACGACAAGUCAGCGCCAAUCAGUUGAAAAGACUGUGUCGAUUGCAAAGUCAAGUCUGUCAAGUGUCGACACACGGGGAGAUGCACGAUCAGUGGAUUGGGAGGCGGAGCUGAAUGAACGUCGCCGGGCACGUUAUGCCCGAAAUGCAGCCCGUCAAGAGUUGCGCGAUAUGCAGUUAGCCAAACGCGUAGAGCAUGAGAGGCGACGGCGACAACGUUCGCUCCUUAGAAAACCACCAGUGGAAGAAACACCAAAGAAAAAGAAAAAAAACCGUAAGGCUGGUAUAAAGGGAGUCUUUGACAUUAAGGUCGAUUCCGAGCCAGAGGAUAACGAAGACAAAAUUGUGGAUAAACGCAACAAACAGAAAUUGCUGCAAAGCAUGAACAACUAUGACUAUCCGGCCGAACAUUGUCAUCACAUUGAUCUCAGCUUUGUACGGUAUUUUAAUAAUUUGGUCUCGCUGUCCCUGCAAUUUCUCGGACCCCACAUAGGUCGAGAUUUCCAUAAGCGACACUUGAAAUUCUCCUACGACGACAUGACACGUCUGGCCAAGGGUCUGAGGACCUUGGAAAAGCUGAAAAUCUUUCGUUUACGCAAUAGUUCUAUGGAUGUGAAGAAGCUGCAAACAUUAAGCCGUGCCCUUAAAGCUCUCGAUGAAUUGGAAGUGGUGGACUUUGGCUAUGAUCAGAUGACUGAUGAUUGUGGUGCCACAUUGGGUAUGAUCCUGGAGCGUGAUAAUAUGUUUAAAGCCCUGGAAUUGGAAUACAAUCGGCUUGAUACAGAGGCUGCUUUCGCCAUUGGACGUGCCCUAUUUCAACAUAAGGGUACAGGGACUUUGGAAUAUCUUGGUUUGGCCCACAACAUCAUCGACAACGUGGCCCUACAUAAUCUUUCACGGCACAUUGUUGGCACUCCGCAUGUCCAGGAAUUGAAAUUAAGUGGUAUUGAGGCUAGUAAAUCUGCAGUUUGCCGUGAAAUAUCGUAUAUAUUACGCCAGCAUUUGCCAUUACGUAGUCUUGAUAUUGUGGCCAUACCAAUGGAUCCGUUGGUUUCACGUGAAAUCGUUUGCGCCCUGGAAGCCAGCAUGAAUAUAAGCCACUUCGAUAGUCGCGAAUGCGACAUGGAUAUCGACGAGGAUCUUGAAGCGGAUAUUAUAAUCCGACGAAAUCAUUAUCUUUCCAACACUGAGUUCAUGACGAUUGGUGUGAAAAGAAGCGAGGAAGAGUUGGUCACAGCUGCCACAAAUUGGAAGCAUCCUAUUGUCAGGAAAAUCGAAAAUGACAUGGCUCAACGGGCUGAGUGCAUACGAAAUCGUCCACCCAGAGCCAAACUUCACAGUGAACCAAAUAUAAUUUCGGAUGAAGCCAAAAAGUCUGUGGAAACUGAAUUAGGUAGUAUUCGAAUGAAGUCCCUGGUGUUUCCUUCGUUGACGAAAAGCGAUGGGAAAUCCUUUCUAUCAGACAGUAUAUCCUCGAAACCGCAGCCAAGUCCACCGUUUGAAUUUAAUCCGAAUUCUUUUAAUCUAAAUCAAUUUCGUGAGCAUGUGUUCCUACCAGGACCAUCGAAUCGUCACUAUUAUCUUCAGCAGAACAGAAUUUAGGCUUACUUAAAAUUUCAAAAUUUGUGAUAAAGUUAAUUAAAAACUUACAUAAUCUC